AUGGCCUCCCGGAACCUCCCGCCUCGACUCAAGGAGUCUCUCGAGGCGUCCAAAUGCGAGUACCGCCAGCUCGGUAAAUCCGGUCUCCGAAUCUCGGUCCCCAUCUUUGGAUGCAUGAGUUUUGGUGAUAAGAGAACCCUUCCUUGGGUGAUUGGGGAGGACGAGGCGUUGGCUCUUCUGAAGGCUGCGUAUGAUCGUGGACUCAACACGUGGGACACGGCCAAUGUCUACAGCAAUGGUGCAUCGGAAGAGAUUGUCGGAAAAGCUUUGAAGAAGUUCCAGAUACCGCGAUCCAAGGUCAUCAUCUUGACCAAAUGUCGUUGGGCUGUCGGAGAGGAGCCAGAGGCGCGCAACUUUGUGUAUAGAUCCGAGUUCGAUGCUUCCAAAGACUACCAAAACCAGUUUGGCUUGUCCAGGGCUGCCAUCUUCAACCAGGUCGAGGCCUCCUUGAAACGACUCGACACCGAAUAUAUCGAUCUUCUCCAGAUUCACCGUUUCGAUGAGAGAACCCCGAUUGAGGAGACGAUGAAAGCCCUGCAUGAUCUCGUCCAGUCCGGAAAGGUGCGUUAUAUCGGUGCGAGCAGCAUGUGGGCCACCCAGUUUGCGAGGAUGCAGUUCGUGGCCGAGAAGAACGGCUGGACUCAGUUCGUCAGCAUGCAAAACCAUUAUAACCUUCUCUACCGCGAAGAGGAGCGUGAGAUGAACCGUUUCUGCAACGACACUGGCGUCGGCAUAAUUCCCUGGGCGCCACUCUGCAGAGGCCAUCUAGCCCGACUACCUGCACAGUUUGGCACCACAGAGAGGAGCAAGGGGGAGAAGCAAAGCUCAGGCGAGCUCUCUGAAGUAGACCAAAAGAUUGUUGGGCGGGUCGUCGAGUUGGCCGAGAAGCAUGACUGGGCAAUGGCUCAUGUUGCUCUGGCUUGGAUCGGCAAGCGGGUGACUAGCCCCAUUAUUGGUUUCAGUAGCGUUGAGAGGAUCGAGCAGGCCAUUGGUGCAAGAGGAAAGGAGUUGAGCCCUGAAGAAGUGACCUAUCUUGAGGAGCUAUAUCAGCCCAAACAGGUCAGCGGUCAUGCCUAG